GCGGGAUGCUAUAUAGAAUGGCCUGUCGACGACAGUAUGGGUCAAUCUUCCCUGAAGACGCUUCGCCCUGCACUCCUGUACCCUGUAUCCAGACACCUGAAACUUGAAAGCCACCAGCAUCCUCCACACACCACCCAAGAAAGAGAAAGGAACCAUGGCAGCACCAGGCGGCAAUUUCUUCAUCCAAGACAACCUCUCCAAACCCGCCGCACAUCACGAAUCCUACGCCCAGCUGUGGGAGACAAAAUGGAAGAAGCCCGCCGAAAUGGGCGUGUACCCGUUCAUGUUCAGCACCGCCGCAGACUUCAAGCCUAUCGUCGAACAACUCACAGCCCGCGGCUUCAAAGAGCCAUACAACUGGGACGAGUACGCCAACGUCCACUUCCCGCAGGCCGAGCACCUGACGAGCAUUGCAAAAGAGGCCGAGCAGAACGGCGAGAUGGAGAAGGCGAGCGAGUAUUACCUCCGCGCGAGCGCUGUGUAUCGCAUUUCCCGAUUCCCCGCGCCGCGAAGCGAUGUCCAGCGUGAGGCCUGGAAGCGGGGAAAGGAAGUUUGCAUCAAAGGGCUGGGUAUGCGCGAGCACCCCGUCCAUGAAGUCGGGAUACCGCACAAAUAUGGCCUGUCCAACGAAGGCGACAAAAUUCCCGUGUACCACCUCGUCCCGGACUGCGCGACGCCCGAGAACCCCGUGCCGACCGUCGUCAUAUUCACCGGCCUGGACGGGUACCGCACCGAGUUGGCCGUCUGGAUGGAGGGCUGGCGGCGCGUGGGCGUGGCGACCAUUGUGCUAGAGAUCCCCGGCACAGGCGACUGUCCAGCCGCCGCGUCGGACCCCAAGAGCCCGGAUAGACUGUACAGCAGCCUCUUUGACUGGAUCGAUGUGCAGCCGCGCCUGGAUAGUAAGAAGACUGCGAUUUGGGCAUUCAGCACUGGUGGCUUCUACGCUAUCCGGGUCGCGCACACGCAUGCAGAUCGCCUUGCGGGCGUGGUUGCGCUGGGCGGCGGGUGUCAUCAUAUGUUUGAGCAGGAGUGGCUGGAUAACGUGAAUCAUCUCGAGUACCCCUUCGACCUGGCCAACACAUUGGCGUACAAGUGGGGGUACGGGAGCGAUGUGGAGACGUUCAAGAAGGAGGCCAAGAGAAAGUUCUCGCUGCUGGAAGACGGUACACUGGAUAUGCCCGAGUGCGCGAGGUUGCUGCUGGUCAACGGGACGGAGGACGAGAUCUUCCCUAUUGAUGAUUACUACCUGGCACUCCAACACGGUGCGCCGAAGGAGGCAAGAUUCGUAACGGGGAUCAAGCAUAUGGGUGAGCCGGUGAGCUUCUUCAUUAUCAUAACAUGGCUGUAUAAGUUGUUUGGGGUUGAGGCAGAUGUGGUUAAGCAGGUGCAGACGCUGCCCUUUAAGCCGAAAUACUGAGCUGAGGCUGGGACGAGAGUUACGAGUACUGGGAAUUGCUCAGUCGCAUUUAUAUAGGCGUAAUAAGACUGACACGAGCCUUUCAAGGGACAUGGGCAAUGCAUAGGGACGUGUAUAUCAAGA